GGCUCAAGGUUUGGUUAAAUCAAGAACAUUUGUUCAUAACUUUCAGAAUAAACGUCCUUGAACGUUCCCUGCUAGCCGGGAUGGCAUUCAGUCACUUCGAGAUAUUUUGGGGGUCACCGGUUUGGUCGCAGCUCCCGUGUCCGGUAGGUGGCGCUCCCGGCGGCGGAGCUCGGUCUGUCCGCGCGGGGGCGCUGUGAGGCGGGUCCCGCUGGAACGGAGCGUGAAUCCCGGGGGCUGGAGCGCAGGAUGGCGGCGGUCGGUGCUGCUGCUGCUGCUGCUGCUGUUGCCGAGGCCGAGUCGUCGGACAGCGAACCGGAGCAGGAGCACGGAUCCCCGCAGAAACUCAUACGGAAGGUCUCCACGUCGGGUCAGAUCCGGAGCAAGACGAUUUUAAAAGAGGGGAAGUUGAUGAAACAGACGAAUUUUCAGCGCUGGAAGAGACGUUAUUUUAAACUGCGGGGAAGAACGCUGUACUACGCUCAGACGGCCAAGUCGAUUAUUUUUGACGAAGUGGAUCUGACUGACGCCAGCGUAGCAGAAUCAAGCACGAAGAACGUGAACAACAGCUUUACUGUGAUCACUCCGUGUCGUCGGCUGGUUCUGUGCGCUGAAAACAGGAAAGAGAUGGAGGAAUGGAUCGCAGCGCUGAAGAGUGUUCAGAACAGAGAACACUUUGAGUCCACUCAGUUCAGCAUGGAUCAUUUCUCCGGGAUGCACAACUGGUACGCCUGUUCUCACGCUCGCCCCACGUACUGUAACGUCUGUCGAGAGGCUCUGUCCGGAGUCACGUCUCACGGACUGUCCUGCGAAGUGUGCAAGUUCAAGGCUCACAAGCGCUGUGCGGUCAGAGCCACUAAUAACUGCAAGUGGACCACGCUGGCCUCCAUCGGCAAAGACAUACUGGAGGACGAGGAUGGGAUCUCGAUGCCUCAUCAGUGGCUGGAGGGGAACCUGCCGGUCAGCGCUAAAUGCACCGUGUGCGAUAAAACCUGCGGCAGCGUCCUGAGACUGCAGGACUGGCGCUGUUUAUGGUGCAAAGCCAUGGUGCAUGCUGGGUGUAAGGACCAGCUCUCCCCGAAGUGCCCGCUGGGUCAGUGCAAGGUCUCGGUGAUUCCUCCCACGGCCCUCAACAGCAUCGACUCGGACGGGUUCUGGAAGGCGACGUGUCCUCCGACCUGCACGAGUCCGUUGUUGGUGUUUGUAAACAGUAAAAGUGGAGAUAAUCAGGGCGUGAAGUUUCUUCGGCGCUUCAAGCAGCUGUUGAAUCCGGCGCAAGUGUUCGAUCUGAUGAACGGAGGACCGCAUCUCGGCUUGCGUUUGUUUCAGAAGUUCGACACGUUUCGUAUUCUGGUGUGUGGAGGAGACGGCAGCGUCGGAUGGGUUUUAUCAGAGAUAGACGCACUGACUUUACACAAACAGUGCCAGCUCGGCGUACUUCCUCUGGGAACAGGAAAUGACCUGGCCAGAGUUUUGGGGUGGGGCUCAGCGUGUGACGACGACACACAGUUACCCCAGAUCCUGGAGAAACUGGAGAGAGCCAGUACUAAGAUGCUGGACAGAUGGAGUAUUAUGGUGUAUGAGACCAAGUUACCACGGCAACAUUCCAGCUCCACGGUAACCGAGGACUGUAGCGAGGACUCUGAGGUGCAACACAUUCUGACCUAUGAGGACUCAGUUGCUGCUCAUCUCUCCAAAAUCCUGACGUCUGACCAGCACUCUGUGGUCAUUUCAUCUGCCAAGGUCCUGUGUGAGACUGUGAAAGACUUUGUUGCGAAAGUCGGACGUGCUUACGAGAAAAACACCGAAAAUUCGGAGGAGUCGGAAGCCAUGGCUAAAAAGUGUGGUGUGCUGAAAGAAAAGCUGGACUCGUUACUGAAGACGCUUAAUGAGGAAGCCCAGGCCAGCAGUGUGAUGUCUGCCCCGCCGCCCACCAUCGCCGAGGAGCAGGUGGAUGGGGAGGGGGUGGUUCUGGCUCCGCCCACUGCCACCGUAACCGCCCCUUGUUCGCCUCGACCGCCAGCCGCCAUCUUUAAACCCAGGGAGCAGCUGAUGCUUCGAGCCAACAGCCUAAAGAAAGCGAUCAGACAAAUCAUAGAGCACACCGAGAAAGCGGUAGAUGAACAGAACGCUCAGACGGAGGAGGGAUUGCCCUCGCUGCCAGCUGAGGAAGAGGAGGACGAUGAUGGCUCAGAAACCUUAUCUCUGCAGUCGUCAUACAGCAGCCGGGCGCGAGCCAGCAGACGAGCGUCUAAGACUCCAUGCGAGAAGCUCAUCGGUAAAGGAAGCCUGUCCAUAGGCAGCUCGGCUUCGCUUCCUGCUCAGACAGGAAGUAGAGAGAACAUGCCCAUGCUGAACGCUAAGAUCCUCUACCCAAGUCUCAGAGCAGGCGUGUCUGGGUCUUUUAGCGGUUCGGUGAUCACCAGGCUUCUGGUCAACGCCGAUCCGUUCAACUGUGAUCCGGAGAACCUGGAUCUGUACACUGAGAAAUGUGUGAUGAAUAACUAUUUUGGAAUCGGUCUGGAUGCCAAAAUCUCUCUGGAUUUCAACAACAAACGUGACGAGCAUCCAGAGAAGUGCAGGAGUCGCACUAAAAACAUGAUGUGGUAUGGAGUGCUGGGAACCAAAGAACUGCUGCACAGAACAUACAAGAACCUGGAACAAAGGGUUCUGCUGGAGUGUGACGGAGCGAUUCCUCUUCCCAGUCUGCAGGGAAUCGCGGUGUUGAAUAUUCCCAGUUACGCAGGAGGAACCAACUUCUGGGGCGGAACUAAAGAGGAUGACACGUUCACGGCGCCGUCGUUUGACGAUAAAAUCCUGGAGGUGGUGGCUGUGUGCAGCAUGCAGAUGGCUGUUUCUAGAGUUAUUAAUCUACAGCAUCACCGUAUCGCACAGUGUCGGACAGUAAAGAUCACUAUUCUGGGAGAUGAAGGCGUACCUGUGCAGGUAGAUGGAGAGGCCUGGAUACAGCCACCCGGGUACAUCCGGAUCCUGCACAAGAACCGCACUCAAACCCUCACCAGAGACCGGGCGUUCGAGAACACUUUGAAGUCGUGGGAGGACAAACAGAGAGGAGACAUUCCACGGCUGGUUUCCCAGCAUGCAUCGCAGCCGGAGGUCGUGUCUGAAGAGGAGACGGCUCAGAUCAGCCUGUUCGGUCAGGCAGCCGGAGCACUUAUACACAGUAUCAGGGAAGUGGCACAGUCUCAUCACACCAUCGAGCAGGAAUUGGCUCACGCGGUCAACGCCAGCUCUAAAGCCAUGGAUCUGGUGUACGCAAACUCCAAAAGCAGCGGGGGUCUGACCUGUAACGUGGUGAUGGAGAUGGUCAGUAACGUCAAAGCUCUGCACAGCGAGACCGAACUGCUGCUCGCGGGGAAGAUGUGUCUGCAGCUGGAUCCUCCUCAGAGAGAGCAGCUGGUCGGCGCGUUGAGUUCAGUCGCCCAGCAGUCCCGCAGACUCACGGACAUCAGCUGGCUCGGUCAGCUCAUCGACCCGGCCGACGACGAGGGCCAGCUGUCGGAUUUCUCCAAGCGCGGCCGUAGCGCCAAGUUCCGCCUCGUGCCCAAAUUCAAGAAGGACAAGAACAACAAAAACAAGGAGACGUGCGCCGCCCUCAACAUGCCAGUGAAUACGUGGGGAGUGGAUGAAGUGGGCGUCUGGCUGGAGAUGCUCUGCCUGGCCGAGUAUAAGGAGAUCUUCAUCAGACAUGAUAUCAGAGGACCGGAGCUGCUUCAGCUGGAGAGAAGGGACCUGAAGGAUCUGGGAGUGACUAAAGUCGGCCACAUGAAGCGGAUCCUGCAGGGAAUCAGGGACUUGAGUCGAAACAGCACAGCUAGCGAGGCCUAGACGCUCCGCAGCCAAUCAGAUGCCUCGUUGGGACGUGACGCAGCUUCACCGGCCAAUCAAACGCUCAGUCACGACCGCGAGCAGCCAUACUCCGCCCCCGCGGCCCUUCGACCAAUCACAGUGCCUUCUGUUCUCCACCUCUGUGACAUCAUCGCUUUGGGGGGAAGCUGUUUGACUACCUAGAAGGGGGAGGUUUAUCAAGGGAGGGUCGAACCGAUGCCACAAACUUUAAAGAGCCAAUGAAAAAUUAGCUGAAGACAAAAUGAAAACCAAGUUAACCCUUUUAGAUAUGCUUUUGCUUAGUUAAUGUGACAAAUGUUUGUCUUCUAAAUCUAUCGUCGAAAUUUUAUAACCAUUUUAAGUUCCCGUGACGUCACCAAGGCCCCGUUUAAGCCCUAUGAGCAAAGGCCACACUAGCCCCGCCCACUGUGAAAUCUCAUUGGUCGAAAAAAGCACGCGUGAUUACGCAUCAGUGGUUUUUGACCAGAGCAGCCAAAAAAAAAAAAGAAGGGCUAUCCAAUCAAAUCCUGAUGGAUAUUAUUAGUCCCACCCCCCAUUAUUUUCCCCAUAUAUUCAUAUAUUCUAAAAGGUCAUUUUUUCAUAAGUAUGCAUUUUCAUGUUGUCUUGAAACUCUUCAGCUCUGUUCAAAACUAAUGAGCUGCCUUGCUGUUCACUGCCUACAUAGACAGCUGCCUUCUUCUCUCUCAAGUCAGAUUGAGCACAAAAUACAACGUAAUUGUGGGUAAAACACUUUUACAUUUACGCAUUUGGCGGAUGCUUUUAUCCGAAGCGACUUGCAUUUAAGGUAUAAAAAUAAGUAUAAGUUAAAUUAUUCAAUUAACGAAUAUAAAACAAAAUACAAUUACAAUAAAUCAUUAAAAUAAAAAUAUUAAUGCAAUUAUAGAAUUGAUAUCUAAAUAUCUAGAGUUUGGCAUUGCAUUCAAGAAAUAAAAUGAGUGUAAAAUUAAAUUAAAUAAAUUACAAUAAAUUAAUAAAAUAAAUACAGUUAUAAAAUGUAUUGUAAUAUGCAAAAAAAAAAUGGUUUCCCUCCCAAAUAUUUGCAUUUAUGAAUUUGGCAGACAUGUUAACAUUGCAUUCAAGAAAUAAAAUAAAUAAUUAAAUACAUUUGAUCGAAUAAUAAAUACUGUAAAAUUGAUUUUAUUGAAGGAUUUAUCGAUUAUUUGCGUUCAGCAGACGCUUUUCUACAAAGCAGUCUUUUCGUUUUAAUUGCAAUUUUGUUUCGUUCCGUUCACCGAUUCGUUCCAUCGCUGAAAUAGUCAUAAUCUCUCCGCUCUAUCGUACGCGCGAUGCUACCUUACAGAAGGUGUGACGCCUUCUAAUGCUGCCUAGGUAGGGAGCUCGUUCUGUUUGUGAAGGUGAAUAGACCUUUAACGUGUUGCGACAAUCAGCCGUAUCGACUUAUCGAACUCGACCAAUCAAACGCUCCGCUUCGCCCUGCCCCGCCCCUCCACUUCCCGGACGCCUUAACGUUCCACCAGCAUUCCGAGGAAUCUCAUAUCAGCCCUCUCCGCUCUCUAGUGUGCACCGCUUUCAGACGUAACGAGAGCUAAACGCCUAGCGAAACACAAAAGCUCUGUGGGAAGGCGACAGAGGAGAAACAUUCCUUUAAAACAGGCGUUUCGCAGAUAGCUCUCGCGCGCCGAUGGCACAGUAUUUCGCGGUUUUUAACCAAGGUGACGCGGUGGCGGCGCUCUCUUUUAUGUAAAUCGAAGACGGCGCUAGCCCCGCCCACUGCUCAAUCUCAUUGGUCGAAAACUCCGAUCGCGCAGCAGUGGUUUUCAACCGGGGUGCUUCGAAAUGAUUUCAAAACAAAGCAUUAAAAAAGGGCCAAAAACUGCUUUAUUAAACCAUUUUAUGAAAAUUAUGAUUUUUGUAGUUAUAUCAAGCUCUAAAACUAAAGUUUUUAUAUUUAUGCAUUUAUUUAAAAAAAAAAAAAAAAAAAAGCAUUCAUGCCAGUGCUUUUACCCCAAGCGACUUGCAUUCGAGGUACAAAAUAAAUAAUAAUAAAUCAUACAGUUCCAAGCUGUAAAAUAUUUAAGCAGAUCGAAAUUGUAACACUUUACAAUAAGGUUAGUUAGUAAACUAUAUUAGUUAACGUGAACUACUUUUUGAACAAUACAGCAUUGUGCAGCAUUUAUUAAUCAUAAUUUCAGCAUUAUUAAAAUCACGAGUUUGUUCAUAUUAGUUAACGAGAUGCAUAGUAACACAAACUAACGGUGGCGACUGUGUGUUUUUAUGAACUAACGUUAAUCAUCGCUCAUCGUUCGUUGAUGUUAAGUGACUAAAUAACACCUUAUUGUGAAGUGUUACCACCUUAGGGUCAGAAAGGUCGAGAACCACUGCUGUUUAUUAGAAGUACGAUUGUUUUGUUGUAAUUGAGCUGCUACUAGUUUACCACGUUGUUAACUUCUUCUUCGAGGUCGGUUAGUGAGGACGUUGUGUGGACAGACGCAGUCCGUCGUGCCUGGUUUGAACAAAAACAUGAAAUACUAUACACCAUGCCAUACAAACUUGUCACAGUCGCCUUGGCAACAGAGAGAAAUGUUUUCUAUGGUGUUUCUAAACGCUUUUUUUUUUUUUACAAACUCUUCUGGGAUUGAGCAUUGACCGUGUCUGAGACAAACACUGUCUUUACCCUUUAACUGCUUUGCACACUUCAGUGUGUGUGUGUGUGUGUGUUUCUCUCUCCUUCACAUCCAGUCUUAGUCGAAUCAGACUCAUAUCAUGUCGUUUCGGACUCCAGGGCGUCCGAUCUCUCUGACUGUUAAGUAUUUAUUUUAUUGUUAAGUUAUAACUUACAUCCAUGUGACGCUGUCCAUCUCUCGUUUUUGUUGUUUUAUUUUUUUUUUUAUUUUUUGUAUAUAGGCCAUUAGUAAGAAUGUAAAUAACUUGUUACUGUACAGUGAAACUGUCUGUAUUAAAACAAGGUCUGUGUAACUCUAAA